AUGGGGAGUCUUGGGGAUCACGUUGUUCCUGGAGUCUUCUUUCUAAUUUAUGGAUGGAAUGGCUACUUACUUUCGUUUUGGUUACAAUUAACACACCUCAUAAAUCAACAAUCAAACUCCGAUCAAGUCGAACUGUUUUUCAAAUCAAUCAAAAUACAUCACAUCACAAUGUAUGGGACCUUUCUACUCUCUGGUGUCAUUGACUUAAUUGCUUUAUUUAUUCGAAUACCACCUUCAACUACAAAACUGUUCCUCAGUUUAGCCUUUUUUAUUGAGGCUCUUCUCUUUUGGUUUCAUGCCAAUGGUCGGGAUGACCUUAAUUAUUCAGUACAUAUUCUAUUGACAUAUGUCAUCUUCUCUUGUAUAAUGUUCUCUGCAUUAAGAACGUGGAAACCUAAUAAUCUUUUUAUCAAUGGAGGACUAGCAUUCAGUAUCAUACUGCAAGGGACGUGGUUUAUCCAA